ACCAAAUCACACACAAAACCCAUACACCAGAAGCCACUAUACAAAGGUUCCUGGUACUCCCGUCUCCCCUGAUACGCUUGCAUUAUCAACAUACUAUAUGCCAACCUAGUUGCACAUUAAGAUACUACUAUUAGACUAAUCCUAUUUGCUGAGCAUAUCAGAAUCGUGUCAUUGUGAGUGAACCUAGAUCUUUUUGGUGUAACCAAGAAUAUUUGGUCUGCCUAAUGAGAUAAACUAUAUAUAAAGAGAGAUAUAUAAAGAUAUUAACAGUUACCAAUGCCCCCUCCUUCCACUCCUACUGAUUCAAAUGAAUUGAAUCGUCGUGUUCACAGAAAUCAUCCAAGAGCUCGUGCCACUAAUUCAGUUGGAAUGAUUCCACCUCAUCCAAAUUCUAAUGAUUCUUCUUCAAUGUUACAUGGAUUAAAUAUGGUUCUGAGGUAUUUUUUAAAUAAUGAUAUCCAUCCUCAAAGAGUUAAUCAUCAUUCAUUACCAGUACGUUCGCAAGCGAUUGAUUUGAGAAGACGUUUCAGAAGACCCUCGGAACUGGCUCGUAGACGUCAAAGAAGACGCCAAAGAGGUUUAGGAUUGUCUAUUGCUUUGGGUGAAGAACAAGAUGAAAUGCAAAUUGAUGAUUCUAACUUGAAUGAAAGUGAUAACCAUCAAGUUCCAAUAAGUAAUGAUGAUUCAGAUGAUGAGUCAGAUGACGAUUUUUCAAAUUCAAUCUUACAAUCAAAUGAAUUAGCAAAUUCCAUUCCAAAUAGAAGAUCCUCCUCAUCUUCGCUUUCUUCUUCAUCUACUUUUGAUUUUUCAGAGCAAAACCUUGGCCAAAAUAUUGAAUAUACAAACGAUAAUCAAACCCCAGAUCUUUCAAGUCUGUCCCAUUCCGAUAACGAUUAUUCUCAUCAAGAGAUUAAUAACCACGAAAGAAUUACUCUAAUGGGAUGGUUCAACACUUAUAGAAACGAUUUGGAAAAUCAUGACACUUUAAGAAACCAAGAACGUCAAGCAACUGAGAGAUUACUACUACUGUCUGCACGUCAAAACUACACUAAUGAAAAUACCCUCAUAAACUCUUCGGAUCCGAAUCAAUUAUCACCAGUGUCCUUAACUAGACAAAAUGCAAUCCGUCGCUCGAAUCCUCCAGCAAGAUCUUCGACAAAUUAUGAAAAACCGAAAAACUUGAAGCCAAAUGCUCGCAUGCAUUUUGAUCCCUUUGGUAAUUCCUUUAAUGAUGGUUCUCAAAAUAUUAACUACUCUUUUGAAGAUAUUAAUUGCAUUAACCAAUCAAUACUUAAUCAAUUGCCAGUCAAUCACUUUUUCCCAAUAACUAGAUAUACUAGAUCUUUCGCUCAAUAUGCCUCCUGUCAUAAAGAACACGACCAUCGUUGGGAAUAUUAUGAACUAGAUUCAAAUUUGAAAAAUCCAAAAAAUCAUAAAAAAAUUUGUGAUCAUUAUAUUAACGAAUUCAUUAAAGCCCAAAGCUACUUAUUAGACUCAAAUUAUGGCUUGAAAAUUAGUCCCUUGUUCCAAGACCAUCAGCAUAUACAUAAAAAUCGUUUUGAUCUAGACCAUUCCUCGAUUUGCCCCUUUGCUCAUAAGAAAAGAUUGAAUGAUGAUUCAAUCAUAUUUGACCUGAAUAUGGAAGACGACUUGAAUAACUUAAUGGCCAAUAUUAAAUCGGGCUCUCUAUGGAGAACCCCAACAAGAUCGUCUCUCCCCCCUCCACCCCCUAAAUCAUUAAAACUUCACACAAGACCGAAACGUGAAUUAUCCUCAGACGAUUUACGUUCAUUGAAAAAACAAAAAAUAUCUUCAAAUGACAGAGAAAUGCCAUUAAAGAAUCAUCUAAAAUCGAAGUUCUCUAAAGAAGAAAAAUCAUUACUUGAAAAUGAAAACCAAAUCCACCCAGAUUAUAACCCAUCAACAAAAUCCCAUACUCAUUUCAAUUCUCACGAUACCCAAUUCUAUGACUCCUUCAAUUCUUCAUCUAAUCCUGUAUCUGAUUCAAACAGGUUCAAAUCAAAAAAUCAAAAAAUCGGUAGAAACCAUUAUUUUAAAGGUGAAACCGUCCCAAGUGAACUUCUAACUGCUGAUGUAAAGUACAAAAUAUUGAACGUUCUUCCUUGCUCAUUUUUAAAACCUGGAUCGUUAUUUGAAACUAAAGUCAACAAUAUCGAUUUCCCUAUUGAUAUCAAUUUCAAUCAUGUGGAUUAUAACACUGGAACUCUUCGUGGUAAUCUCUUUUCAAAUACCAAGCAUAAAGGUUUCGACAUGAUUACUUUUCUUUGUGGAAUGUUUAUCAAACGUGACUCUUUAACUGGUUCACUUCCCUUGAAUUCGUCCGUCCACAAGAGAUUAAGAUUUGCCACUUUCUUGAACAAGGCAUCUCUUAACACCAAUAAAAAAAGCAAACCGUUUCUGGUUCCUUUCACUGGAGAAAUGAUUGAUUUUAAGAAAAAUGAUUUGAGAUUCUUCAAACGUAACGACCCCGAUAGGCCAAGCUCUAAAAGACUUUUGAAUGAGAAAGUUAAGUUUGAAUUAUCUCAGUGGUUAUUUCUUGAUCCAUUUAUUCAAUGCUCCACUUCCCUUUUAUCUUAUAACUUGGCUCAAAUCUGGAAUGAUUUGAAAUUUAUGAAUAAACUUUCCCACAGAAAUCAAAUGGAUGUGGUUUUUGUCGUUGAAGGCUUUCUUAAAAACAUCACCAAGCUAACUGACAGAUUUCCCUCUUUCCACUCUUCUGAAUUACCUGGAUCUGACGAAAUGGAUCAACAGUGCUCAAAAGACCAAACCGAGAGAUUUGAAAAUCAAUGGAACUCAACCGUCGUGAAAAGUCUUUCUAACUUUUUAUCUUGCGAAGAUCACUGUCUUUUGAAUAUCCAAUUAAACUAUUUACUAUUUACGAUCAGCAUUGAUUUAACUCAAGCUCUUGAUGACUAUAUUAGUUUCUUAUUAUCAGAUCUUCCUUCAGAUAAUAUUUGGCAUGAAAACUAUAAACUAUAUAAGAAGUAUCUCAAUUUAGUGGAUGAAAAAGAUACCACAUAUCGAAUACAACUACUUUGCUCUUUAAAUAGAAAAACUGGGUCAAUCCAAAUUGUCAAUCCCUUACAUGAGAUUACCAAAAGCAUUAAAUUUACUUUUGAAUUCAAUCAACCAAAAACCUCGAAUCCAACAUCAUCUAAUUUUUUAAGUUCCGAACCGAUGAUUUCUCCAUCUACUAGUACUGUUCCUGGCUACCAGACCAGAAAUGUUAGAGGUAGCAGAUUAGGCAAUGCCAAUUUAGAAUCGGACUUGGCUGCUGCUUACGCUGAUGAUUAUAGAAUGAUGUUUGGCUCACUAAGAGAUGAACUAUUGGACGAGCUUAACCUUGAUAGCCUUAGUGAUGGUAGUGAUUCGGAUGAUGCUAAUAAUAGCGGUUUUGAACAAGACUUCGAUACGGAUUCAUGGAGCGGACCAAAGGACCCAUUAAGGAAAAUGGUAACUCUUCAUGAUUUAUGCUAUGACUUUGGAACAGAUAUUGAUAAUAGAAUGCAAAUCUUGAUUGGAAAACCUAAAAGAGGGAAUCAUGGCUCAACUGCUGGCGGCGGCCAUCAAAGCUUUGGAUUUAUAUAACAACUUUAUAAUAACUAUUUCUACAUUGUAUAUAACGAAUGAAAUGC